AUGCUUAAGUCAGCUAAGAAUGUGAAAGUGGAGGGUUGGUGUAGAUUUCCGAUGUGGGACUCUGUGCAAGUUGCCGCGGUGUCGGGAGUUUCGGCAGGUGCUUGGCACCUCGGAAGAGUGUCUUCCUUCGGCAGGAGAGAAGGCGUGUCUGCCUUGGUGCUAGUUGUUUUGAGACUGGAUAUGCUCGUUGAUUAUGGGGUUGCAAUUGGAGGUGGAUGGCAGGCAAUGGUAGCUUAUAUAACUUGGGAUGUUACUACAUUUUUGGGACUUCCUCUCGGAUAUCUUCUUGGUUAUACUGCAAAUCCGGGGGGACUUUGGGGGGGAAUGAUACGUGGAACUGCUCUCCAAACCUUGCUUCUGUUGAUUGUGCUCUACAAAACCAACUGGAACAAAGAGGUGGAGAAAGCAACAAAACACGUGAGGAAGUGGGGUGUGUUGUCCGGAAGCGUCAACCAAAUACAAGUUGAGCCACAAAUCAUCAGGGUGGUCAAGACAUCACAGCUGAGAAUGGAGCUCAAACGUUUUCAGUCUAACGGUGGACCGAUAACAGAGACUAAUCUACCUAUCUUAAUGGAGGAGUCGCUACUGGACACAGCUGCAGGCGCUGAUCAGUUGAGCACUAAGCCUCAUGAUCUGUAUGAAGGUGGGAAUGAAGACUAUGCCCCAUUGAGGAGCUUCGAUGCGCUGCGGUGUAUGUUUUGGAUUGAGACAGUGAAGCUCUGGAAAAUGGCAGGUCCGGCAGUGAUCACUAUGUUGUGUAUGUAUGGGACUAACUCAGCUGUCGUUCUCUUUGUUGGUCAUCUCGGAACUGUAGAGCUCUCAGCUGUCUCCAUUUCUCUAGCCGUCAUUACCACAUUCGCUUUUGGAUUCUUGUUUGGCAUGGGGAGUGCUCUGGAGACCCUGUGUGGGCAGGCAUUUGGAGCUGGCGAGAUUCAUAUGCUUGGGAUUUACAUGCAACGCUCAUGGAUAAUCCUAUUAGUAACCAGCCUCUUCAUCUUGCCAAUUUACAUCUUUGCCACACCCGUUUUGAAGUUGCUAGGUCAAGAAGAUGACAUAGCCAAUCUAGCUGGAGAAUUUACUAUCCAAACAAUCCCCUCAUUGUUCUCAUUUGCCAUUAUUUUUCCAGCUCAGAAGUUCCUUCAGGCUCAGAGAAAGGUUAAGGUUCUGGCAUGGAUUGCAGUUUUGGGUUUGAUCAUACAAAUUGGGAUGCUCUGUCUCUUCAUUUUGGUGUUUGGUUGGGGCACUUUGGGUGCGGCUGUUGCAUUUGACAUUGUAAGAUGGGUCAUGGCAAUUGCUCAAGUUGUGUAUAUAAUGGGUUGGUGCAGGGACGGCUGGACUGGGUUUUCAUGGUUGGCUUUCAAGGAGAUAUGGGCUUUUGUAAGACUUUCCCUUGCCUCUGCUGUCAUGCUCUGCCUUGAGAUUUGGUACACGAUGAGCAUACUCAUUCUCACAGGCCAUCUUGAUAAUGCAGUUAUAGCAGUUGGUUCCCUUUCUAUUUGCAUGAACAUUAACGAAUUUGAACUAAUGUUGUUCCUUGGAAUAAAUGUGGCAAUAAGUGUGCGUGUCUCCAAUGAGCUUGGAUCAGGACGACCAAGAGCAGCCAAAUACUCUGUCUAUGUGACAGUAUUUCAGUGUCUUCUAAUUGGGAUUUUUUUCAUGAUUGUGAUCUUGAUAACCAAAGACAGUUUUUCCCUACUUUUUACAAGUGAUAAGGAGCUGCAACAAGCGGUCGCUAAGCUAGCAUAUCUUCUUGGUAUAACUAUGUUGCUCAACAGCAUCCAGCCAAUAAUAUCAGGGGUUGCAAUUGGAGGUGGAUGGCAGGCACUGGGACUUUGGGGGGGCAUGAUAUGUGGAACUGCUCUCCAAACCUUGCUUCUGUUGAUUGUGCUCUACAAAACCAACUGGAACAAAGAGGUGGAGCAAGCAACAAAACGUGUGAGGAAGUGGGGUGGUCGGGACGUCACAGCUGAGAAUGGAGCUCAAAGUACCUGA